AUGUAUUUGGAUAAAGAUGAUGGAGAUUAUGUUAUGUCAAACUCAUUUGUUGGGGAAACAUCUAAUGAACAAGAUGUAAUCGAUGAUGAUUUUUCUGACACAAAUGAUGAAGUAACAUCUAUUGAGGCAAGCAAGUUGGAUAAUUGUGCUGUUGAUUUAAGGGCUUGGGGGAAAAACCUCAAAUUGAGUUUCAGAGCUGAGAUUGACAGAUGCAAAAAAGAUGUAGAAGCUUUUAGGGCUAGCAAGGAAGAGGACAUUAGGGAUGAAGAGGGUAUUAGAAGGUAUGAGGAAGCUAGGGAGGCCAUGGGAUUGUGGCUGAACAAGGAAGAUGCGUUUUGGUGA